AUGCCAUUGUAGCAUUUAUAAAAAUCAACCGGGUUGUUUUUUUACCGGAUAAAAGAGUAAAUGUGUACCGCUGUGUUCACUUGGCCGGUUAGCUCAGUUGGUUAGAGCGUCGUGCUAAUAACGCGAAGGUCGCGGGUUCGAUACCCGUACUGGCCAUGAUUCUUUUUUUUUUGUGACUGUUUGAAGAGGCUGUGUUUUGUAUUUUACUCGUCUCUCUAGAUAAAGGUGGACUUCUUCUAUUCUACUCUACUGGUCCCAUAUGAUAUGGGUCUAUUAUAGUGGUUGACUUUGAACUGGCCCAACUAUGGUCAUGCUUAUGGGAAGCCACUAUGUGGUACUAUUGCUCCUACUCUAGAGGCCUGAUUACAAAGGACACCAGCUGAGUUGUAAAGUGCAGUUACGACUGUAAUAAAGUCUGCGGAACGCAGUGUUUGUUUGCCGUCAGUCAGUCGAGCCGAGAUGGCGACCAGGAACAAUCUGCGUUUUAGAGCCGCGUCUCCUUUUCUGAAACUUUAAAAUGCUUCAAAUCAGCGCAGUUGGAUCGUAAAGGAAUGCACCUCGGUCAACACACGGUUGGAAAAUAUACACGUGGACAAAUCUCUCCCAACCGGAAGGAAAAAGGGUGUGUGAGGGUAGUAGAGAGGCUGAUUCUGCUGACUGAGGCACCAUGGUGGAGCCAGGGGACAGGGAGUUUGCUGGACAGAGGCUGGGGAUCCCAGAGAGUUUCGGGGUGUCUACCCUGGAACCAGGUCAGCGACCCCCAACCACGCCCUCAGGACGACAGGUCUCUAUCCGGGUACAGCUGCUGGACGACGUCACCGAGGUCUUCGACAUCUCACAACGAGCCCCAGCCAAGGCUCUGUUUGACCUGGUGUGUGUCCAUCUGAACCUGGCUGAAAGAGACUACUUUGGUCUCCAGUACCAGAACCCCAGGAGGAUGAUGGUCUGGUUGGACCUGCUGAAGCCCACCCUGAAACAGAUCAGACGCCCUAAGAACACCAUCUCUUCGUUCUGUGGUCUCUGUUCUUCCCUCUCUGACUCACACACAGCUGCUGGAGUCUCUGACACGUUCUUAUAUAUCCUUAAAAAAAGAGAAGAGGGGACACAGUGUAACCUACUGUUGAUGGACGAGACACAGUGUAACCUACUGUUGAGGGACGAGACGCAGUGUAACCUACUGUUGAGGGACGAGACACAGGACGAGACGCAGUGUAACCUACUGUUGAGGGACGAGACACAGUGUAACCUACUGUUGAGGGACGAGACACAGUGUAACCUACUGUUGAGGGACGAGACACAGUGUAACCUACUGUUGAGGGACGAGACACAGUGUAACCUACUGUUGAGGGACGUGACACAGUGUAACCUACUGUUGAGGGACGAGACACAGUGUAACCUACUGUUGAAGGACGAGACGCAGUGUAACCUACUGUUGAGGGACAGUGAGACACAGUGUAACCUACUGUUGAGGGACGCAGUGUAA